UAUCAUGGGAUAAUGCCCACUAUGGUGAACAGUGAGUGAGUGGCCCUUCUCCCUCUCAAUACCCUCUCCCUCUCUCUCUCUCUCCUCUCUCCUCUCUCUCUCCUCGUGUGUGUGUAGCGCUGUGCGUCUUUGCAUCCUCAGCAUCCGGGGAGCGCCUGCUCGUUCUGGGGGGAAAGGACAGCGGCGACGGCGGGGAGGAGUUGGACCUGAAGCCCCGGAUGCAUUCUCCCGAGAUACAGCUACACUGCUAGAGCACACUAUCACUAAUGUUUGCCUAUGACAAUGGAGUCACCUACAACUGCCGCUGGUGAUGAACUCGAGAGCUACUUGUCCUUGGGUUUGACAGUAUCCUGCUCAGGGAAAGAUAGUGCUGAGUUUCCAAAGGUUCUGUUGCUUCUCUCAGCGUAUCUUGACAAGAAGGUUCAGGAGAAUGAAGAGUUAUUAGAUUCCAGUAAAACAAAGGAGUCAACCACUAUCUUUCAUGGUCAGAGGGUGCCUGAACUUAGUAUAAAGCUCUAUGCAGAACGCAUUUUCAAGUAUGCAAAGUGCAGCCCAUCUUGCUUUGUGCUGGGACUUAUCUACAUUGAGAGAUAUCUACAGCAACCAAACAUUUACAUGACGUCAUUUAGUGUCCAUCGCUUGCUUAUUGCAAGUGUUGUUGUUGCUGCCAAAUUCAUAGAUGAUGCUUUUUUCAACAAUGCAUACUACGGGAGAGUUGGAGGAAUUACCACAAGAGAGAUGAAUAUGCUUGAACUGGAUUUGUUGUUCAGUCUGGACUUCAGGCUCAAAGUGGAUAUAGAGACUUUUGGAAGCUACUGCUUGCAGUUGGAGAAGGAAGCUCUGGUUCUUGUUUUGGAGAGACCAAUUCAGGUCCAAGCAGCCAACGUGACUAAACACCUGAUUUGUAACAGCAGUGCCGAUGAGACUUGCAAACACGAGCUCGUGCGGGAAAGGUACAGCAGUCAGGCUGUCCAUGGUUGUAGCUGGUAAAUCUGAUUUGACAGAAUAGUUUUGAAAAAGUGUGUGGGACCAAGGACUGAUAAUUCUUUUAUUUGACAUUUAAGAAGUUCAAUUGUUCUGGUUAGUAGGGCUGUUCAAAUUUUUCCGUAGUGAAUUUGAGUUUGACUGGAGUCUGGCCACGCUGUUUAAUUUGAAAUCAUCACGAAUGUGAUUGCCAGACCUGUUCGUGGCA